GUAAGCUGUUCCACCGAUCGAAAUGUUUCACAGGAUCGGCAAUGAGGGCAAAUUUGGCAAUCAUGGCAGGCGACGCACGUCCUAAUUCUGGUGCCUAUAAAGUUGAAAAAUAUUGUGUUCAUUGCAGCAAAACGGUAAAAAGUAGUGUCCAGUGCAAGCAUUGUGUGGCGCUCUUCCAUCCUGCGUGCUUGCGACAGGCGGCGGCAGCGAAAAAUCCUUCAUGUGUCCAUGAAAUUGAUGAGUCUGUGGACCUAACCUCAAAAGACGCGGAUCCUGAGAUCUUGCUUUUACGUGUCCUGGUGAGUGAGCUGCAGAGCAAGAAUCGUGUUCUGGAGGAAAAUGCUGUGCUACUUCGAGAGAAAAUUGCUUUUCUUGAAAAUAUUGUUCCAACAACUAAAAUUAACAAUAUGUCAAGCAAUCCGGCUAGCUCUGGCAACCUCGCAUCUUCCGGCUUAGUGACUUGGUUCUACGGCCGCGGACGAGAACUACUAAAUUGUCUAACCAGGCGAUUGGCAGCAAUUCUGGUCAAAUGUCAUCCAUAUCAAGACCUUCCCCAUGGUUCAGCAAAUAGGAAAUACCUGAGACUCUAUUACCAAAACACAAGAGGCUUGAGGACCAAAACUGAGGAAUUCUAUUUGAAUGUACUCCUGGAGGACUAUGAUGUAAUUGCAGUGACAGAAUCCUGGCUGAAUGAUGAAAUUUUUGAUGGUGAACUGGUUGAUGAUAGGUAUGCUGUCCUGAGGAAUGAUCGAGCUACAUCUACUUGGGGAGGUGAUUUCAAAAUACCUGUCCCCAAUAGUAAUAGUUCUGAGAAGGCUCAGGCCCUGCUUGAUUUCUCAACUUUCUACAAUUUACAGCAGUUUAAUGAAAUUUUAAAUAUUAGAAGAAACAGUAAGCUUGAUUUAGUAUUGGCAGACUUCAAUAUUAACGUCCAGAGGGAACAGAGGCCACUUGUACCUGAGGAUCCCUAUCAUCUAUCCCUUCUUAUUAAUUGCCCUUUUGACAAUAGUAUUGUUCAAGAUAGAAUUCAAUCUUGUUUUACAUAUGAAUACAGCAAGGCAAAUUUUUUGCUCUUAUAUGAAAUGAUUAGGAAUAUAGACUGGUCCAGUCUCCAUGACAUAUCUGAUGUUGACACUUGUCUUGAUUCCUUUUAUGAGCAACUAUAUCAUUGCAUAGACCAAUGUGUUCCUAAAAAAGAAAUUAAUCUAUCCAAUAAACCUCGUACUUUCCCAGUAUGGUUUUCGCAUGAUCUUAUUAAAAAAGUUUAUCGGAAAAACCAUCUUCACACUCUCAUCAAGGGUGGGAAGGCCUGUGGGGACCAAAUGAUUGAGUAUGGUGAGAUUCGUAGCAGAAUAAAACAUCAAACUAAAUUUGAAUAUUCCCAGCACAAGUCUAACAUUGAGCGUAACCUCAAUGAGGAUCCUCAGUGUUUCUGGAACUUCUUUAAGUCCAAACAGGCUUCAGGUAUACCUAAGGUAAUGCAGUUUAACGGUUAA